CCACGCAGAAUCCGCAAGAUCGCGGACCGGCGAACGGUGCGAUAAAAAGUAGAGCCGCAAAACACAUCUGUACAAGCAAAGCGGACAACAAAGAGCCAGAAGGAUUACCGAAGCCAAAAGACCCCGUAUCGGGUUUUUUUUGUUCCAUGCGUGUUUUUCUUCCAGCAGCUGCCAACAUCACUUCCGGUGAUUCCUCAUUCUUGGUCGUUUUAUACCAGCAGGACCCGGAGGUCCGGUGCCCGGCAAACCUGCUUGGUUCUCAUCGAGCACAUCAGCAUCCAGCAACACUUCGCCAGCCGCAUCGGCGGAUCGCAACAGCAGUCGCCUCAGGGGUGCAGCCUUUUGGAACAUCUUCCAGAUUGCACAUCAACACGACAGCAACUAGUGCCGGGAUUACGAGUACAAGACCAAUCAGCGAGCGCUUGAGGGAUAGUCAGGCGAGUGAGCACGAGCAGCAUCUCUUCCGUUCGGAAGCCUUCCGACACUGUACCGGAAGCAAUCAAGGAUCGCAGCACCAACAGAAGUCACAGGUCCGAUGUCCGGGAACCCAAUUGGCUCCCUCCAGGUCUACAGCACAGCAGCGACAUUUCGUCAGCCAUCGGUGGGAAUUGGAAACCUUGGGCGGAACCCGGUUAUUCCUUCUCAAGCCAUCCACAAGCACGAUACGAGCAGCAUCCAGAGGUCCGAUGUCGGGCAACUAGCUCGUUUUGUCUGGGGCAGCAGAGCCAAGUCUUUGGUUGGUGGAAUUCGGAGCGGAAGUGCAUGCGACCAUCGUGGGACGUCAUAAGAUGACCAGAAAAACCACGUGAGUUAAUUCAAUUUAAUCAUGAAUGUAGAAUACAUACGCAAUGGAAACAAAUUUCCUUUAUUUAUUUGAUGGCGCGUUUUGAUAAUGUGGAACUUUAGUUAUUUUUUCAUUCCACCGAAAAACAUAAGUCCAACAAUGCACUCCGACGUCUGCCAUGGAAUGAUGCCGUUAGACUACCACCGUACGUAGGGCGAUGCACUUUGGGGCUUAUUCUGAGAGUCACGUAACGUGAUGUGCAAAAUUUCACAUCAUCGUGCCGACUCCAGAAACCACUCUAGGCUAGAAGUUUCAGCUCAAAUGUCCUGUGAUCGAUUUUUGGAGAUCAUUCAUACUAACGUUUCUUCUCUGAAACAUUUCCUGGAGUCAGGAUAAAGAAGUGAAAUUUCGUUAGUCACGUCACUCUACUCGCAGAAUAACCCCCUUUAUUAUCCCUCGAAACCCUUCGUUGCAGGCGGACAUACAUUCAAAGAAUGUUUGUCUUUGACCUGUUAAUGAAUAACAUAGACUGCCCACAACUGCUACAAAACAUCAACAUUCACGCACCAACGAGACUACUUCGACAACAGAAUUUUUUGUGGAUACCACUCAGUCGCACCGUUUUUGCACAAAACCACCCCUUCUAUAAUUGUUGUCGUGUUUUUAACGAAGUGUCAAGCGUUUUUAACUUUAACCAGUCCAAAGAGGUCUUUAAAAAUAUUAUUCGUAGUCUAAGAACAUAAGUUGUGUUAAGUUUAAGGUAUGUCUGUAUGGUGAUUACCAAAGGCAUUAACAUAAAUAAAUAAACAAUCGCCGCUCACAAGUGUACCAAUGGCCGCGCAAUUUGGUUUAAACAGUGAAUAAGACAUCCAAACAAUUUAAAAUGUUGUUUACAUAGCUCUCAGGCUCAUUGCGAAUAUUCUCAGGUAACGAUUUCCAAGAUUCACACAUCAAACAUCGAUUUGUCUCCAUUGUUUUGUGAAAAUAGUCAGGUGCAAAAUUAGUACAAGACGCCAUUUUUAAUAAGCAUUAUUUUGCCGGAAGAUAUAUUGGAACAAUGUUUUCGGUCGCGAUUUCGAUAAAUCAUCACAAAUUCGGCGAGCUGUCUGAAAAUUCACGAGGAUACGGACCAACUAAAACUAAACAGAUCCGAAUCGCAAUCUUACCUCAAAUUUCCAACACUUUGUAGCAAUUUUCACUAGAUGAUCGUUUCUUCUGAAAUUGUUUCUAAAAAUCGUUUUUUCAGCCGGUUAAAUGAUGGAAAACAUUGAUUGGAAAGCUUGCCAGUGAAUCUUAUGCAACCUUUGUGAACUUCCGAAAAACUUCUCUACGUUUAACUGCUGAUAAAUACUAGAAGACUUUCAGCGCACGGCGAUAGACACAUUCAAAAAUUCAUUACCUAUAUAUAUCGAUUCAUUAUACAGCCACAAAUAGCUUACGUUCGAAAAUUUUUGCAAAGGUGCUCGAAUUCAAUACAAAAAACUGAAUUACAAAAAGGGACCCGCUUAGCUCACUUGCUAAGGUGUAACCGUUCAGUUACAAAGUAUUUUUGUUUUUUUAACGGGUGCAAUUUGUUUUAAAUGUUUUUGGUUACUGUCACGGUUCUUAUUUUAAUUAAUUAGUUUUGAUUUAUCUUAUUAUUUAAAUAUUGUAAUAAAAUGUAAAUAAAAAUGUAUAACAUGUAUGUGUGGGGUGGCAUAAACAGGAUGAUACUAGUGGGUGUUCGCCUCGCCUUUGUCUCGCCGUCGCCUGGAAGGCGAACAUCGAGAUUUCGCCUCGCCUGGGGGUCGCCAAUGAACAUUUCGCCUCAGCCGAGCACAGAAAGAUGACGAGAAAGGGCGGUAAAGACCCACAUCUGGAAGGAGAGGGUCAUUCGAGUUCAGGCGUGCGUGUGCUCAACAUCGUCGGAGCAAAACUUUAAACGAAAUUUGUGAAGUGGCUUGGUAGGAUAAUUUUGCUUUUUUUUAUCCUAUCAGAUCUAGGAUCUGCUACGUCUAAACGUAAAAGGAGCAUCGAGUUCUCUGGCUCGCGGGCCAUAACUAUAAAGGAGAACAUUCCCCUCUCGGUUCGGUCACUCUGGCCAGUUCCUGGGCCGAACCGAUUGCGUCCACGAGGGAAGACGCCUGUAACUGCUUAGCUCCGCUCCAUCCCAUUUAUGAGCUACGUAGUGUAACUCGAGAUUACCACCUGUAAGCCACGUGUCCCAGAAGUCAACCGAACUGUGGGCCAAGUACCCCAACUCCCACCUGGGAACAAAAACCAGUAUCAUCGAUCCAACCGAAGAAGACGCGCCAGCGAUCACAAAGAGGGGAGCGAGGCGACUUCUACAGCAGCCGCAGCAGAAAUCGUACCGGUACGUCAUCCAAAAGUUAAAACCGCACCUACACCCACACCCAC